AGCGGAACGGCGCUGAAUGUCCUGUCAAAUGGAGACCGCGGACGUCUCACCAGCCUACUCCUUGUCUCUGUGGGUGUCUGCACACUUUUUGGCCAUAUCGGCAGUCUGCCCGUUAUCCUCUACUUCACUACCGCCUUCCUCGUCAUUUUUGCAACUGUUUUCGGCGAAGUCGUCUUCCAUUCUUCGCAGAAUUUCCCUUUGGAGCUGUUGGUGAACUUCUUUUCAAACAACGCCCAUUGGACGGUUGGUGUGGCGCUGUCGCCCAAUCAAGGCAGUAUCAGCUUCUUCCUUGCGUCCUACACCGUUUUCUCCGUCUCCCUUCUGUUUGCCGCCUGUUUAGGGCUCGGCUACUCCGUACUUUCUACUUCACUUGGCAAACCCGUUUGGGAAUUAGAAUCAGUUGUUUUGAAGCCCUUCGCCGUGCCCGCGUUUAUUGCUGGUCGUCGAGGGAUUUUUCUGCUGUAUUGCGUAGUCAUAACCACGUCAGUAGCGUCGUGUGCCUGCAACGUGCUCGGUCUCAUCUCCCUCAUCCUCCAUGACUUUAUUCAGACCUACAUCAAGACGACAUUAAACAGCUACAGGAGCAUUUGCUCUGUUCUGGCUGCUCCCCUGGCCGGAAUCAUCAGCCUGAGCCUCUACUGGUGUCGACUAACUCGGGAGGGUGUUUGGGUUGGCUUAUUAGGAAGCCCCAUACUCGGGUUUAUUAUCUCAGCCAUCAAUGGUAUUGCAACAGAAGGCUGUUCGAAAAUGAAUGUCCUGAACGAGCUUUCUCGGCUGAAGCUCAUGACACCCGAGGACGACAAGUUUGUCAACCUUAGUGACCCUUGCAUCGCACAUGCGAAUGGCUUUCCGAAGGUUCACGAGACUGAUGCGCCCUUGAGGAUGAUUGUGCUUCUAAAUGCAUCCCGCACCUACAACAUCGCAACAUGA